CAAAUUGCACAACAAUCCAAUAAUGCUAAUAAAACUGAAAAAGAGAGACGAAUAAGAUUAAAAAGAGAAGCAGACAAACAUCGACGAGAAAAUGAGAUUGUUGAAGAAAGAGAGGCACAAUUGAAAAAACAAAGAAAGGCUGCAGCACAAUGA